CCCGCUUAUGACUGGGGAGAGAUAUCCUGACUAAACCCACGUACGUCGUUAAAAGUAAUGGAAAACGUUUCCAAGAGCAAGCCAUUUCAUUUAUGAAUAGAUAGAAUGGACAUGGACUGACUACGUCAGCAGCUUUGUUAACCUGCCUCAGAAAUUGCUGUGGGGAAAACAUCUUGGUCCCCCUACCCCGGAAAUUAGGAUAAAUUGGACGAGUUUAGGUCCGAUUUCAUGCUUUUACGUUGAAUGAGGGGGAUCAUGUUUCUUAAUAAAUCGCCGGGAAUAAUAUUUUUAUGACCACAUUAUAUCGGUUAUUGGCAGUGCACUUGGCUUGAUAAACGCUAGUCCAGCUAACUGGCCAGUGCUCAUCACAUUUUGCUGGACGCGGUGAUUGUUUGAAUUCUGAUCAAAACAAUGCCAGCAGUUGAAAGUUAGCCCGACUUUCAGUGAUUCAUACUGCAACCUGCAUCAAUAAUGACUUCAAGAGGCUAUGAUGUUGAAGAUCCCGCAGGACAUCCCUGAAUGAUUCCUCUUCUGCUCUCUGGACUCUUAAUAUUGUGGCUGUUGUGGCGGAUCGUGAAGACCAGAUCGAUGCCCGAGAGCGGAGUAAAAGUCCAGGCUGAGGUUAAAGUUCAUGAGGUCCGGGAGGACGUGAGCCCGAGGCCGCAGGCCGCCGGUCCUUCGUCUCCGACACCCGCUCCUGCUGCGGAUCCGGCUCUAAGCGGCCGUCCGGUGCCGCCCCAGCCGGAAGCUUCCUCGGCCACCUCGACAGAAGCGGGAGAGACGCCCCGAAGGGCCCCCGACGUCGCGGCUGAGGGCGGAGCGCGCGGCGCGGAGGCGAUGGAGCCGCUCCAGGCCUCUCCCGCGGCGACGACGCCCGCUCCUGCCCCACCCACCCCCACCCCUGCCGCCCCACCCCCUGCCCUGGCACCCACCCCUGCCUCGCCCGCCCCACCCCUUGCCCCAGCACCCACCCCCACCCCUGCCGCCCCACGCCCUGCCCUGGCACCCACCCCUGCCCCGCCCGCCCCACCCCCUGCCCCUGCCCCGGCACCCGCCCCUGCCCCGGCGCACGCCCUGCCCCCCGCCCCGCCGGGUCGCAGAAGGGGGAGCAGGCCGUCCCUGGGCGCGGGACCUGAGGCUCGGGAGCGGCUCAAGUUCAUCCUGGGCGCGUCCGAGGACAACUCCUCCGACGAGGAGCCGGUGGCGGUGGCGCGGCCUGACGGACGGGCGGUGGCGCGGCCUGACGGACGGGCGGUGGGCGGGGCCUCCCCUGGCAGCGCCAAAGCCUCCUCCGCACCUCCUUCUGCUACUUCACGCGAAACCCAGACGGGGAUGUCCGCUUCCUCCUCUUCCACCAGCAUAAGGCCUAGCAUGUCCGGCCUGCACCUGGUGAAGAAGGGCAGGGAGCAGAGGAAGAUGGAUCUGCAGCGGGACUUCGCCGUGGCCUCGCCCGCCGAGUUUGUCACCCGUUUUGGGGGGAACCUUGUAAUCGACAAGGUCCUGAUAGCCAAUAACGGCAUCGCAGCGGUGAAGUGCAUGCGCUCCAUACGCCGCUGGUCCUACGAGAUGUUCCGGAACGAGCGCGCCAUUCGCUUCGUGGUGAUGGUCACCCCCGAGGACCUGAAGGCCAACGCAGAGUACAUCAAAAUGGCCGACCACUACGUGCCGGUCCCCGGCGGCCCAAACAACAACAACUACGCCAACGUGGAGCUGAUCGUGGACAUCGCCAAGAGGAUCCCCGUGCAGGCCGUGUGGGCGGGGUGGGGUCACGCGUCCGAAAACCCCAAACUCCCGGAGCUGCUGCAGAAAGCCGGGAUAUGCUUUUUAGGUCCCUCCAGCAAGGCCAUGUGGGCCCUGGGAGACAAGGUGGCCUCGUCCAUCGUGGCGCAAAGCGCGGACAUCCCCAUCCUGCCCUGGAGCGGAUCAGAACUGCGGGUGGAGUGGGCGGAGGAGGACCAGCGGCUGGGUCACGUGAUCAGCGUCCCGCCGGAACUCUACGCGCAGGGCUGCGUGCGCGACGUCGACGAGGGGCUCGCGGGGGCGGAGAAGAUCGGGUAUCCCGUGGUGAUCAAAGCUUCUGAGGGGGGCGGGGGAAAGGGCAUCAGGAAGGUGGACUGCGCCGAGGACUUCCCCAGUUCCUUCAGACAGGUGCAAGUGGAGGUGCCGGGCUCGCCCGUGUUCGUCAUGCAGUUGGCGGAGCACGCGCGCCACCUGGAGGUGCAGAUCCUGGCGGACCAGUACGGCAACGCCAUCUCCCUGUUCGGCCGCGACUGCUCCAUCCAGAGGAGGCACCAGAAGAUCAUCGAGGAGGCCCCCGCCACCAUCGCCGCGACCUCCACCUUCGAGCAGAUGGAGAAGUACGCUGUGCGGCUGGCUAAGAUGGUGGGCUACGUGAGCGCGGGGACCGUGGAGUACCUCUUCUCUGAAGACGGUAGCUUCCAUUUCCUGGAACUCAACCCCCGUCUGCAGGUGGAGCACCCCUGCACGGAGAUGAUCGGAGACGUCAACCUCCCGGCCGCCCAGCUCCAGAUUGGCAUGGGGAUCCCCCUUCACAGAAUCAAGGACAUCCGUGUGCUGUAUGGGGAGAGUCCGUGGGGGGACACGCCGAUCAACUUCGAGGCCCCGGAGUGCGCCCCCAGUCCCAGGGGUCACGUCAUCGCAGCUCGGAUCACCAGCGAGAACCCCGACGAGGGCUUCAAACCCAGCUCGGGCACCGUGCAGGAGCUCAACUUUCGCAGCAGCAAGAACGUGUGGGGCUACUUCAGCGUGGGGGCGGCGGGGGGCCUGCACGAGUUCGCCGAUUCCCAGUUCGGACACUGCUUCUCCUGGGGGGAGAACCGCGAGGAAGCCAUCUCGAACAUGGUGGUGGCCAUGAAGGAGCUGUCCAUCCGCGGGGACUUCCGGACCACCGUGGAGUACCUGAUCAAGCUGCUGGAGACAGAGAGCUUCCGGAACAACGACAUCGACACCGGCUGGCUGGACCACCUCAUCGCGGAGAAGGUGCAGGCGGAAAGGCCCGACACCAUGCUGGCUGUCGUCUGCGGGUCGCUUCACGUGGUCGACGCCAGCUUCAGGAAGAGCAUGUCGGACUUCCUGCACUCUCUGGAGAGGGGUCAGGUGUUGCCCGCUGCUAGUCUCCUGAACACUUUGGACAUGGACCUAAUCUACGAAGGCAUCAAGUACUGUCUGAAGGUGGCGCGCCAGUCCCCCACCACGUACGUCAUCAUCAUGAACGGCUCGGACAUCGAGAUCGACGCGCACAGAAUGAGCGACGGAGGUCUGCUGCUGUCCUACAACGGCUGCAGCUACACCACCUACAUGAAGGAGGAAGUGGAGAGCUACCGAAUCACAAUAGGCAACAAGACGUGCGUGUUCGAGAAGGAGAAAGACCCAACGGUGCUUAGGUCGCCCUCUGCUGGCAAACUGCUGCAGUACAUGGUGGAAGACGGAGGCCAUGUAUGUGCAGGGAAUUCCUAUGCAGAAAUUGAGGUGAUGAAGAUGGUGAUGGCGCUGAGCGUGCAGGAGUCGGGCUGCGUGCACUUCGUCAAGCGGCCCGGCGCCGUGCUGGAGCCCGGCUGCAUCGUGGCCCACCUGGAGCUGGACGACCCCAGCAGCCUGCAGCCGGUGGAGCUGAACAGGGCCGCCCUGCCUCCCCAGGAGCCCCUGCCCAUCACCGGGGAGAAGCUGCACCAGGUCUUCCACACCGUGCUGGAGAACCUGGCCAAGAUCAUGGACGGCUUCUGCCUCCCCGAGCCCUACUUCAGCAACAAGCUGAAGCAGUGGGUCAGCACCCUGAUGAAGACGCUGCGGGACCCCUCCCUGCCGCUGCUGGAGCUGCAGGAGAUCAUGACCAGCGUCUCCGGCCGGAUCCCCGCCUCCGUGGAGAAGGCCAUCCGCAAGGUGAUGGCGCAGUACGCCAGCAACAUCACCUCCGUGCUCUGCCAGUUCCCCAGUCAGAGGAUCGCCAACAUCCUGGACAGCCACGCCGCGACACUGCAGAGGAAGUCUGACAGGGAGGUGUUCUUCAUGAACACCCAGAGCAUCGUGCAGCUCGUCCAAAGGUACCGUAGCGGAAUUCGCGGGUACAUGAAGUCGGUGGUGCUGGAUCUGCUGAAGAGGUACCUGGAGGUGGAGACGCAGUUCCAGCAAGCUCACUAUGACAAGUGUGUGAUCAACCUGCGGGAGCAGUACAAGCCCAACAUGACGCCCGUGCUGGAGUGCAUCUUCUCCCACGCCCAGGUCUCCAAGAAGAACAUCCUGGUGACCAUGCUCAUCGACCAGCUGUGCGGGCGGGACCCCACCCUGGCCGACGAGCUGAUGGUCAUCCUGAACGAGCUCACGCAGCUCAGCAAGGUGGAGAACUCCAAGGUGGCCCUGCGGGCCCGACAGGUGCUGAUAGCGUCCCACCUGCCGUCCUACGAGCUGAGGCACAACCAGGUGGAGUCCAUCUUCCUCUCGGCCAUCGACAUGUACGGACACCAGUUCUGCCCCGAGAACCUCAAGAAGCUCAUCCUGUCCGAGACCUCCAUCUUCGACGUCCUGCCCAACUUCUUCUACCACAGCAACCGGGUGGUGUGCAUGGCUGCCCUGGAGGUGUACGUGCGCAGGGGCUACAUCGCAUACGAGCUCAACAGCCUCCAGCACCACCAGCUGCAGGAUGGCACCUGUGCUGUGGACUUCCAGUUCAUGCUGCCCACAUCCCACCCCAACAGAGAAAGCAGCCCCACUCUGAGCAGGGUGUCCGUCCCCGUGAACUGCACUCAGUUCGAGAUCCGGCGGCAGGGCAGCGAGCUCUUCCUGGAGGGGGCGCUCUCCCCGCCCUGCCAGAGGAUGGGCGCCAUGGUGGCCUUCCAUUGUUUCGAGGACUUCAAGAGGAAUUUCGACGAGGUGAUCUCCAGCUUCGCCGAGCCCCUGUUGGAGAGCCCGCUGUUCUCCGAGGCCUGCUCCACCCUGUACGACGAGGAGAACUGCAAGAACAUGAAGGACAACCCCAUCCACAUCCUCAACGUGUCCAUCAAGACCGCCGACACGGAGGACGACGACAAGCUGGUGACGGAGUUCAGCGCCUACGCCCAGUCCAAGAAAGCCAUACUUUUUGAACAUGGAAUAAGAAGAAUCACAUUUCUAGUGGCACAGAAGAGGGAAUUUCCAAAGUUCUUCACUUUCAGAGCUAGAGAUGAGUUCCAGGAGGACAGAAUCUACCGGAACCUGGAGCCGGCGCUGGCCUUCCAGCUGGAGCUGAGCCGCAUGCGCAACUUCGACCUGGCGGCGGUGCCCUGCGCCAACCACAAGAUGCACCUGUACCUGGGCGCCGCCCGCGUGGAGGAGGGCGCCGAGGUCACCGACUACCGCUUCUUCAUCCGCGCCAUCAUACGCCACUCCGACCUCAUCACCAAGGAAGCCUCCUUCGAGUACCUGCAGAACGAGGGGGAGCGGCUCCUCCUGGAGGCCAUGGACGAGCUGGAGGUGGCCUUCAGCAACACCCACGUGCGCACCGACUGCAACCACAUCUUCCUCAACUUCGUCCCCACGGUCAUCAUGGACCCCUCCAAGAUCGAGGAGUCCGUGCGCUCCAUGGUGAUGCGGUACGGCAGUCGGCUCUGGAAGCUCCGUGUCCUGCAGGCCGAGCUGAAGAUCAACAUCCGCCUGACGCCCGUGGGCACCGCCAUCCCCAUCCGCCUCUUCCUCACCAACGAGUCGGGCUACUACCUGGACAUCAGCCUGUACAAGGAGGUGACCGACCUCAGCUCCGGACAGAUCAUGUUCCAGUCGUACGGGGACAAGCAGGGGCUCCUCCACGGCAUGCUCAUCAACACCCCCUACGUCACCAAGGACCUUCUGCAGUCCAAGAGGUUCCAGGCCCAGACACUGGGGACCACCUACGUGUAUGACUUCCCCGAGAUGUUCAGACAGGCUCUGUUCAAGAUGUGGGGCUCCGGGGACAGUUACCCCGAAGACGUGCUGAUCUGCACCGAGAUGGUGCUGGACCCCCAGGGGCAACUGGUGCAGAUGAACCGGCUCCCUGGCGACAACGAGGUGGGCAUGGUGGCGUUCCGCAUGAAGAUGAAGACGCCGGAGUACCCCGAGGGCCGGGAGAUCAUCGUGAUCAGCAACGACAUCACCCACAAGAUCGGGUCGUUCGGGCCGCAGGAGGACCUGCUGUUCCUGCGGGCGUCGGAGCUGGCGCGGGAGGAGGGCAUCCCACGCGUCUACGUCUCCGCCAACAGCGGCGCCCGCAUCGGCCUGGCCGAGGAGAUCCGACACAAGUUCCAGGUGGCCUGGGUGGACCCGGGGGACCCCUACAAGGGUUUCAAAUACCUGUACCUGACACCCCAGGACUACACCCGCAUCAGCUCCACCAACUCUGUGCACUGCCAGCACGUGGAGGAGGGCGGGGAGUCCAGGUACAUCAUCACUGACAUCAUCGGGAUGGAGGAGGGGCUUGGCGUGGAGAACCUGCGGGGGUCCGGCACCAUCGCCGGGGAGACGUCCCUGGCGUAUGACGAAAUCGUCACCAUCAGCAUGGUGACCUGCAGGGCCAUUGGGAUCGGCGCCUAUUUGGUGCGCCUGGGCCAGCGGGUCAUCCAGGUGGAGAACUCCCACAUCAUCCUCACGGGGUCCGGCGCCCUCAACAAGGUGCUGGGGCGCGAGGUGUACACCUCGAACAACCAGCUCGGGGGGGUGCAGAUCAUGCACAACAACGGGGUCACGCACUCCAUCGUACCGGACGACUUUGAGGGCGUCUUCACCAUCCUGCAGUGGCUCUCCUAUAUGCCAAAGAACAAGCACAGUCCUGUGCCGGUCCUGCCGCCCACGGACCCGGUGGAGAGGGAGGUCGACUUCACCCCCACCAAGGCCCCCUAUGACCCACGCUGGCUGCUGGCCGGGAGGCCCCAUCCCACGAUCAAGGGCUCCUGGCAGAGCGGCUUCUUCGACCACGGCUCCUUCAUGGAGGUGAUGGGUUCCUGGGCGCAGACUGUGGUGGUGGGACGAGCCAGGUUAGGAGGAAUCCCGCUGGGGGUCAUCGCCGUGGAGACGCGCACUGUGGAGGUCACCGUUCCCGCGGAUCCGGCCAACCUGGACUCCGAGGCCAAACUCCUGCAGCAGGCGGGGCAGGUGUGGUUCCCGGACUCGGCCUUCAAGACGGCCCAGGCCGUGCGGGACUUUGGGCGCGAGCAGCUCCCUCUGAUGGUGUUCGCCAACUGGAGGGGCUUCUCCGGAGGAAUGAAGGACAUGUACGACCAGGUGCUGAAGUUCGGGGCCUACAUCGUGGACAGCCUGCGGGAGUUCCGGCAGCCCGUCCUGGUCUACAUCCCCCCCCACGCCGAGCUCAGGGGGGGCUCCUGGGUGGUGAUCGACCCCACCAUCAACCCCCUGUGCAUGGAGCUCUACGCCGACCGGGAGAGCAGGGGCGGAGUCCUGGAGGCGGAGGGCACGGUGGAGAUCAAGUUCCGCAGGAAGGACCUUCUGAAGACCAUGCGCCGGAUCGACCCCCCCUACGCCCGGCUGGCUGAGCAGCUAGGCACCCCGGAGCUGUUGGAGAAAGACCGCAAGGAGCUGGAGAGCAAGCUGAAGGCCCGGGAGGAGUUCCUGCUGCCCAUCUACCACCAGGUGGCAGUGCAGUUCGUGGACCUCCACGACACCCCGGGGAGGAUGCAGGAGAAGGGCGUGAUUUCGGACAUCCUGGAAUGGAAGAACGCGAGAAGCUUCUUCUACUGGCGUCUCCGGCGCCUUCUGCUGGAGCAGGUGGUGAAGGGCGAGAUCCUGCAGGCCAACAAGGAGCUGAGCGAUGGGCACAUCCAGUCCAUGCUGCGCCGCUGGUUCGUGGAGACCGAGGGGACCGUCAAGGCAUACCUGUGGGAUAAUAACAAAGUGGUGGUGGAGUGGCUGGAGAAGCACUUGUCAGAGGAAGACGGGAACCGGUCAGCCAUCAGGGAGAACAUCAAGUACCUGAAGAGAGACUACGCCCUGAAGCACAUCCGCAGCUUGGUCCAGGCCAAUCCAGAGGUGGCCAUGGACUGCAUCAUCCACAUGAGCCAGAACAUCACUCCCUCUCAAAGGGCCAAAAUCUCCCACCUCCUGGCCACCAUGGACAGCGCGACCUCCACCUGACCUCCGACCUUUUCCCAGGAUGCACCAGGGGGGGGGACUCCUUCCAAAGCCCAACUCUAGCGCAGCUCGUGAACUGUGGCAGUUGUAACGCUGUGCUGGUGACCUGGUUUCCCACGGCGAUCGGCCAGGACCGACGUUCAAACCCUCUGUUUUGUUCUCAGGAUUAAGAUACGACUUCUGAUUGUAACCACGCACAAACCCUGCCGACCCCAAUGCACACUGCAGUCCUGCCACUGUGUGUACGUGGUCCACUAAAAAAAAAAAAGAUCCCCUGUACCCCCAUUCCGUUACUAGUCACAUUUUUCCUCUACCUGUGAAUGCAAGCAAGCUGCCUGAGGGGAAUUACUACCGUUGUGCCAUCAGAACAUAUCGAAUGUUUAAAAGCAAGGGGGUGUCCAGUCUUUUCCGAAAAAGGGCUGGUGUGGGUACUAGUUUUUGAUUUAGCCCAGCACUGCGACACCUGGUUCUACUUAUCGAGGUCCUGAUUGAAGACAAUGAUUAGUUCAUAUGUAAAAUCAGGUGUUGCAAAUCUGCACCCACGUCAACCCUUUUCGGGUAAGAUCAGACACCCCUGUUAGUGUGCCGUGUUUCAGUGUGCGAUCAAGAUGGAGGAUGCCAAACUCGCUUCGAUGCGUCUGAAAGAAGUGGGUUCGAAGACUUGCCAAAUCUCAGCCUGUCCGUGCUGCAUACUGACGGGACAGCGAUUCCUCACACGUGCGAACUUGCCAGCUGUUGUAUGCAUCAGCUGCCGGUUCAAUCUUCAGGACCAGAGCGGACCCGGAACGCAAGAUGUCGACAACAAAAGCUGUUUGUUCUCCUGCUGAUACCAAAGAUAUGCUUUUUACCGCGUUAAGUGUUCGAGCGAGGGUGCUCAGUACGCACUGUGGUAUCUUUGACGAUUCAAGAGAACUGAUUUUUAUACUCUCCUCUACACCAGCAUUUACCUCUGUCGCUUUUUUUGAUCCUCCACAUGAACGACUGUGUAAAUGAUAAGCUAUCGAUCUGACACUUCCCUGAGACGUUUGCUUUCAGUGAGUAUUUGUGCAGGUGCUACAGGCUAUGGGAAGUAAAGAAAGGGGCUCAUAUCGGAAUGAGUCAUUUGGACUCGCUGCAACACUGUGUGUGUGCGAGCGUGCGUGCGUUUGUGUGUGCGUGUGUGUGCGCGCGUGUGUGUGUAUCUGGGAUGUAUAUACACAUUCUCUGAAUAAAUGCCAGUUUCACUCAU